AUGUCUACAUGGGCCCAUCUUAUCCGAUUUGUCGCGGUCGAGGACGGCAAGGUGCACCUAGGGCAACCCAUCGACAACGCACGGGACAUCGGCCUCGACACCUUUGAUGAAGUCACGGUUCAGGCAUUCCGCAUCGAAGGAACCAUAUUCGACGGCAGAGUGACUAAGGAGGUCGUCACCGUAAAGAAGCUCCUGGCCCCCAUUGCGAAGGAAGAAUGCACAUACAUCCGUUGCAUCGGCAUGAAUUACCGCGACAAUGCCAAAGUACGUAAUGCCCCGCUCCUAUGUAGCAUGUUCACCAAGCCUCGAACCGCCUUGGCAGAUCCGUUUCCGGCGCCCCUUUCCGUUCCAAAAACCUCUCAAGACGACUCCAGUGAUUAUGAGGCAGAGCUUUGCGUCGUCAUUGGACGAGGUGGUCGAAAUAUCGCAAAAGAAGAUGCGUUGAACCAUGUCCUGGGGUACACGGUGUCGAACGAUGUUUCUUCCCGGAGACUGCAAAUGAGUGAUCAACAGUGGUCCUUCUCCGAAGGACUAGAUUCUUCCUGCCCGAUCGGUAUACCCUCAGCAGCUGCACAUCUAGGCUACAUACAACGGCCAGAUUGUGCAAGCCGACACGACAGGGUGGGUGACGAACCCAAGAGCAACAUGGUAUUUGGUGUGGCGGAACUGAUCAGUUAUCUGUCUCAGGGGACCACAUUGGAGCCAGGCGCUCUUGUUUUGACUGGAACAACAGCGGGAGUAGGGUUCAAGCGGAACCCGAAGAUAUUCCUGCAAGACGGCGGGGAUAUUCGGGUGUAUAUCCAGGCUCUAGGUACACUUCUCAACCGCGUCAAGUACGAGGAUUGGUAA